AUGGUUUUCGGCCACCGCACGCCCACUAAACGACAACUUCCAGUAAAUAAUAAUAUACCUGACAAUACACCCGACAGUAACGCAACAGACGAAAUACUUACAAUGACAGAAAAACAGUGCACCGCAGGGCUGGAACCACCCGUCGCUAGCUUCUUUUCCCUUUCACCGUCGACAUCAGCUGACACGGCCUCCUCUAAUACAGGCACUGACGGUACCGAAAAACGAACUACGCCUAUAUCGGACACAUCUGAUUCUGAGGCUGUAUUCGGGAAGACCUAUAAGUCUAGAGAGACCGAAAUUAGAGGCAUCUUCCAGAAAAUAAAUAUCAAACUAGACAGUGCAAAGAAUUUAAGAACUGACAUAAAGGUAGAAGUGAAGGCAGCAACCAAGAGACUCCAGGAAAUAGUGAAGGACCUACUGAACGAAAGAAAGGAUCAAACAAAGGAUUAUCCGAACCCCACUAGAAGGAAAGAAGAAGAAGAAAAGAAAGAAAAAGCAAAAGAACAAACAGAGAUAGAAGGUAAAGAAGUAAGAAAUAUAAUAAAUAAAAUAGAGGAACAGAAGAAGCUAAUAGAAGAAGGAAAUAGAGAGAUUCAAGAAAUAAAGAAGAUAAUCAAGGAACAGAGGAAGGAAGAGGAAACCACCAGAAGAGAAUUAAAGGAAAGCAUUGAAGAAAGCAGUAGAGUAACAAGCGAACUGAGAUCCUAUGCUAGCGUAGUGGCAACAGGAAUCAGACCUGGAGAUAGAGAACGUGCACCAUCACAAAAUAACCAGGCAGCAGCUAAACACGCUAUUAUAAUCACCUCAAAUGGAACGGAAACAAGUGGAGAGAUAAUAGAAAGGAUAAGGACAACAGUAAAUGCAAAGACUACAGGAGUAAGAGUGGACAGGAUAAGAAAGGCAAGAGACCAGAAAGUAGUUCUAGGGUGCGAAACAGAGGAGGAACUGGAAAAGGUAAAGGAGAGACUAAAACUCGAUAGUAAACUACGAGUGGAAAAGGCGGUGAACAAGGAUCCUCUAGUUAUUCUAAGGGAUGUACUAUGCGUAAACACGGAUGAGGAGAUUAUAACAGCGUUAAAACUACAAAAUAAGAACCUUAUGAGCGAAAUGGAAAAAGAGGAAGAAGAAAGGAUUAGUAUAAGGUUAUGGGCAUGGAAGAAAGCUCUGCAAGGAAGGAGCGGAAGUAUGCUCCCACUGCGGUGGGUCCCACAAAAAAGAAAGUUGCCCGGAGUACCAAAAUGGCAUAAAGCCAUCCUGCGUAAACUGCACACGGGCAAAUCUCGACAGGACCGACCACAAUGCCUUCGAUCAGGGUUGCCCGAUAAGCACCUGAUCAUACAAGCAAAUCUGCAGAGAAAGGACGCCGCAACCAGCGAACUAAUCAUGGAGGGCCAGAGGAGAAGGGCUACGGCGGCGCUGGUUCAAGAGCCUUACAUUGGAAAGGAAGGUAGAAUGAAGGCGUACAGGGGGACCAGAAUAUUCCAGUGCGCGGGGAAAACCGAGAAGGUCGUCAAAGCAGCAAUCGUGCUGUUUGACACAAACACCGACGCAACACUGUGUCCUGACCUCACCACACCCAACAUCGUCGUGGUAAAGGUGAAAACCGACGCACAGGAUGUGUUCCUGGUCUCAUUCUACUUCGAGCCCGCGCCAACGACAAUAGAUCCCUAUCUCGACGAGCUGAGGAAGAUAAGGCGAGCUGUAGGACCAAGAGUGGUAUUCGCUGGAGACGCAAAUGCCAAAAACAGUCUUUGGGGAGGAGAAAUCACGGACAGGAGAGGGGAAGAUCUGAUGGCCACCUGCGCAGAGAUGGGACUGUAUGUGUUAAACGAGGGAACGACACCAACGUUCGACACAUACAGAGGCGGAAGGAACUUCAGCAGCUUUGUCGAUCUUACUUUCUGUACGGAAGAUCUACUUGGAUUCAUCGAUGGAUGGGAGGUCGAUGAAGGACUAACCAGUUCGGACCAUAAUGGUAUAGUGUUCAAAUUAAGGAAGACAAAACUGAAAGGGGUAGAAAUAGAAAGAACAACGAGAAUAUACAACACGGGAAAGGCUCACUGGAGCAAUUUUCGAGAAAAAAUCAGCCAGAUGCUAGAUGAAAGUAAUAUUAACAAAGAAGAAAUGGACAGGAUAAGAACAGAAGAAGAAAUAGACAGAACAGUACAUAAAUAUAUAGAUAUCAUAAAACAAGCAAGUGACGAGAAUAUACCUAAAAUAAGAAGUAAAUCAACACUUACCAUUUCAUGGUGGACGGAGGAACUGGCAUCUCUAAAGAAAGAACUUAGAACCAGGAAACGAAGAAUCAGAUGCGCAGCGCAAACCCGAAGAGCGGAGGUCGUAAAUGAGUACCUGAAACUAAAAGAAAAAUAUGAGAAGGGAAUAGAAGAAGCAAAGCUGGAAAGUUGGAAGGAAUUCUGUGGGAAACAAAGCAGGGAAGGAAUGUGGGAGGGAAUAUAUAGGGUUAUAAACAGAACAACAAUAAGGAGGGAAGAUAUGCCUAUGGUGAGAGAAGGGAGGGUGCUGGAAAUGGAAGAAUCCGCUGAAUAUCUUGUGCAAACUUUCUUUCCCGACGAUGUCAAAGAGGACGACAGUGAGGUGCACAGGGACAUCAGGGCCAAAGCGGAAACAAUAAACGAGAGAGCAGAAGACACAAACGACCCCCCUUUCACAGAGGGAGAGCUCAAGCUGGUCCUGGAGUCCUUUAAUCCAAAGAAAGCCCCAGGCCUAGAUGGCCUGACCUUCGAUAUUUGCCGGGCAGCCAUCUUUGUCGCUCCGCAUAUAUUUCUGGCACUCAUCAAUAAAUGUUUGGAAAUCGGAUUCUUUCCCACCAUCUGGAAGGAAGCCACAGUGGUAGUGCUUCGAAAGCCUGGUAGGGCAGACUAUACGACGCCGAAGUCCUACAGACCUAUCGGUUUGCUUCCAGUGAUGGGGAAAAUAAUGGAGAAAAUGUUCGUGAAAAGGGCAAACUGGUACAUUAUGCCAAGGAUGAGUGCCAGACAGUACGGAUUUAUGCCACAGCGAGGUACCGAGGACGCCCUCUUUGACUUGCUGAGACACAUCAGAGGAAAACUGAAUGAAAAGAAAAUUGCAGUAAUGGUCUCGCUAGACAUAGAGGGCGCCUUCGACAGCGCGUGGUGGCCUGCAAUCAGAUGUAGGUUGGCGGAAGUAGGAUGCCCGGUAAACGUAAGGAAAGUGUUCGACAGCUAUCUGAGAGACAGGAAGGUUAGGCUGCGAUAUGGGGGAAGGGAAGUGGAGAAGGCUAACACGAAAGGAUGCAUACAAGGAUCUAUAGGGGGACCAAUAUUGUGGAACCUUUUGUUGGAUCCCCUACUGAAAGGCUUGGAAAGAAAGGGCGUCUGCUGCCAAGCGUUCGCGGAUGACGUUGUCCUGGUUUUUGACGGCCAUACCGCGGGCGAGAUCGAGAGGCAGGCAAACACAACCCUAGCCUAUGUUCAGGAGUGGGGUGUCUUAAACAAGCUAAAAUUCGCGCCGCACAAAACCAAAGCCAUGGUUAUAACGCGGAAGCUAAAGCAUGACGCCCCACGACUGAGCAUGGGCGGGACAAGAAUUGAUGUGGUGAAGGAGGUGAAACUCCUCGGACUGAUAAUAGACGAGAGUCUCACCUUCAACACGCACGUCAAGACUGUAUGUGCGAAGGCCUACCAGAUCUACAGGCAGCUGGCCAGGGCCGCGAAGAUAGGUUGGGGCCUGGACACGACAAUCAUCAGGACGAUCUACACUGCGGUGAUAGAGCCAAUCCUGAUGUAUGCCGCGAGCGCCUGGGAGCAGGCAGCGAGAAAGAAGUGUGUGAAAGUCCAAUUAGACCGGAUACAGAGGCUCUUUCUACAAAAAAUCUGUAAAGCAUACAGAACUGUCUCGCUGCACUCGGGAUUAGUCCUCACUGGGUUACUUCCACUAAACUUGAGGAUUGAGGAAGCGGGAGUUCUGUACAAAAUAAAGAGGGGCUUGCAUCCCCUCCCAGAGCUAGACGCAGAACCAGAGGGCAGAUCGGACGCGUUGGAAGUACCACACCCUGCGGAUGAGCCCCUGUUGACAUUCACGACGUAUGACUCCGACUUAAACAUAGAGAGACAGACAGACGUGACAAAUAUCUUCACUGACGGUAGUAAAUCUGAUGAUGGGGUGGGUGCGGCAGUCGUUAUUUACAGAAGUAGGACAGACGAAAAAUCAGUGAAAAUAAAAUUAGCGUCUUACUGUAGUGUCUUUCAGGCCGAGAUGGUGGCGCUGCACAGAGCAUUUGAGCUAGCGGAGAAGGAAAAGAGCCCGACAAUAAAUGUCUGUAGCGACUCCAGAUCGGCACUGGAGGACAUUACAAGCGGCCGUUCUCUCAAUCCCCUCACCAGUCAAAUAAGGCAAACGGUGCAGCGUUGGGAGGAGGAUUACCAAAACGGAGGAACAGCCUCAACAACGAAAAUCUUCCUCCCAACAGCUGCAGCCGCUUUUAGGGUCAUAAAGAGGGUGGGAUUGGACGGCGAAGCAACACAGGCUCUAACGGGGCAUGGUGGUUUCGCCGCAUAUCUCCACAGGUUCAAACGUAAGGAUAGCCCCGUUUGCGCCUGUGGAGACGAGGAUGAGACGGUGCCCCAUUUGCUGAUUCGCUGCCCAAUCCACGCUCUCGAAAGACACAAACUGGAAAACCGACUUGACAUUGACUUGACAGAAAAAGAGGAGCUGGACAGAGCGGUCGAGGAGUACACGGAAAUGAUUAAGGAAGUGUGUGAAGAAAGCUUGCCAAAGCUGAGCAAGACAAGGAAACUUACCGUACCAUGGUGGACCCAGGAACUGACAGCACUGAAAAAACAGAUGAAGACCGAAGAAAAGAAGAAUAAGAUGCGCAGCACCAACCAGAAGACAGCACGUAGUCGAGGACUACCUGAAAACAAAAGAAAAAUAUGA